GGGGUGGGUGGGUGUUGGUUUGUUCCUUCUCAAUCGGUGAAAAGGAAAUAAAGGUCCCAAUUGGGAAAUGCCACCAUCGUGCCUUCCCUAGGUGCUAGGUAGGUGCAAUCUUUUUACGACCUUUGAAUUCUUGCCUCUCAAAUGUUGGACACUCUUCCUAAUUAACCCAUUCUUCUAUCUUUUUCUUCACUAUAUCAAAAAUUUGAAAAUAUCAUCAUAAUCAUGCUCACCAUCAAUUCUGCCUACAGUGAGAAUUGAUCUUCAUCAAGAUUCUUUCAUAUGAGCACGGUCUUGCCAUGGCGCAACCAGAGACACCUGCAAGCGCAUCGCGAAAUUCUGUCAUUUCCCCUUUUGCAGGUGGUAUAACCACCGCUCAACUGGAACAAGUGUUACCGAGGACUCCUCAGAUGACCAGAUUUAAUCUUUUGAGAAGACAUCUUCGGGCGCCUAAAAAUCCCAAUUCUCGCAUUUCCAAUAGUGAAAUCAUCGCUAGUGAUGACGAGGCAGCGACCACAUCACCGUCAACCCCGAUCGUGCAACCACCGGAAUCUCUAACUGGCGAAGCUACAAGAGAUGAAGGUAAAGAAAUAUCUGUAGCUGCAGAUGGCGAUGAAGUUGUGCAAAGGAUUCCAAAAUCUACUGAUAUUCUGCGUUCUUCCCCUCAUGAAAAUGUUUCACAUUCAAAGCAACUCAGCAAAAUAUUACCCAAAAGGUUUUUAAGAACAAUCGCGAAGCGCAAAAAGUCACGGAGGGAGCAACGCAUCGCGUCUAAACUCGCUACUUUACAUCCUAUCGAAGAAUUAUCGAGUGCAUCGACCCAUGAAAAGAAAGACGAUGAAAAAGUAACCCCAUCUCAUCGUGGGUGUCGUCGCCCAGCUGAAUUAAAUAUAUUGUUCAAAAAUCCCGACCCCCGUAGCGAUGAAACAUUCGAUGACAGUCAAGAAUCUACCAGUCUUGAAGAACACAUUCGAAUAGCUUCGCGCACAUCCAAUUUACGGCCUUUAAGUGAUCCUGAGGUCCGAGAUAUCUGUUUUCCAUUUGGUACAUCGCGGUUAGUUCCAAGAACGGCUAUGGGCUCACACAAAAAUGAAAAUAAUAGCAAUCAUCUUAAUGACCUUGAGAUCGAGAUUCUUGGACUGCAUGAUGCUAGUCAUUCAUCUGAUUGUAUGCCUGGCCCAAGCGACUCAGAGGAUGCCCACAUUGACCACACGUCUCGCAAGGGUGGUCGUCCAAGCCCAAAGAAAAAACAUAAGAGGAAGAAUAAGAGACCUCGACGACUUCCAGUGGAUGAGUUGCACUUGGUAUCUGAAAGAGUGGCAGAACUUGGUCAGGAGAAAUAUGAUGAAAAUGUGCAGCCUUCAGCUGAAAUCCUAGAUGAUCCAAUCUCUCAAGACUCUUCGGAUGCCCUAAAAGUUAUACAGAGUUUUGGGCGGACAAAGAGCGAGAGAAAAGUGUUUCAGACAUACUAUGGCGCCUUUGGAAAGAUUGAUAGUAGAGAAUUUCGAUUCCCACAUCCUUACACCAAAUCUCCUCGGGCAGAAUCAAAUAAUCGCCAUGGAAUGAGCUCUUCUCACUCUGAUGGUUUCGUUGGAGCUGAAACAAGUCUCACUGGUAGAUGUAUGCUGUUGCCCAAGCAAAAGGGUGUUUGCGUUAGCAUAUGGGGACUGACUACUCGAGUAGCACAAUUAGAGUUGGUUCGCGAAAGGGACUACGGGCUAGUCGGCGAGCCAGAUGAUCAAGCUAAAAAAAGAGCUCUAGCGAAAAAAAUCAACAGACAUCCGAAGAAGAAAGCUACAAUUAGUGCGCCAUUAGUGAUUGAAGUUGAGUCUCAAGCAGUUAGAACGGGCGAAAUUCAACAAAAUGACAAUGAUAGCCGGAGUCAUGGAGACUGGGAGACGAAUCUGGACGAUCAACCGAUUAAUGGGUAUCUUUCUGGAGAUGAAAUGAUUCCAGGUGCAGAAAACAAUUUUCUGCCGCCGCCCACUGGGAAAGUGUGCCGAAGAGUCACCUUUGAUGAAAGAGUCGAAGUUGACUGGCGUGUCAGAAUACCUUCUUUGGACUCUAAGACAUCUGGAGGAUCUUUCGAGGUCAAGAGAAGAAGCAAUUCAUCUGAUUCCAUAAUUUGGCGGGACAUGGAGACGGUUCGCUUGAAGAGGUGCCACGAAGAAGAUAGCGAGGAGGAUGUGUUGUCUAUCAAUGAAUCGGAACGAAGCAUCAUCAGUAUUUCAAGUGAUAUCGACGAGAUGGGAGAAAGCGACGGGUCUGGUAACGAUAAUGAUGAAGAGAUGGACGACGAGGACGAACCUGAAGACGAGAGUGAACAUGAAGACGAGGGAGAGGGUGGAAAAUGCUUCAAUGUGCAAGCAGUCCAUGCACAACAAUCAGAUGAGCCAACCGACGGGGAUAUCCUCUCCACUAAAGACGAAUCGGGAGAGGAAAGGCAUCAGAGCAACGAGAAGGAUGACGAUAAAGAUGAUUUCUAUACUUCCGAAGAAGAUGCGAUUUUGAACAAGCCAGUGGACGGUGAUGAAAAAAUCACCGGGAUGUUUUUCUCAAGAGGGUUGAAUCAGCACAAGAAAACUUCUUCAAUUCAAGGGUUGACAGUGCAAGAAUCACAAACGACAAGAACUGAAGGUAACGACUGCAGCCAGGUAUUACAGCUAUCCAAUUCCACGAGUCGGCAGAAUACUACACAAGCAUCAAGAAUACCAGAGGCCGAUAUUUGGAGACCUCGAAGGCCAAAGUCAAGAGACAUUAUGAACGAGACGCAAGAGGACAUCUUUGAUAGCCCAAGCCCGAUUUCAACAAUCGCCAAAAGAAAGUCAACUGGUUUGCAGACGCGUAGACGGACAACAUUUCGCAAUAGGCCGCUAGCCCUUAUGACUGGUAGACCUUCUACGCCACCCAGUCCUGAAAUUCAAGAGACUCAAAUUGUGACACCUGAGAAAUCAGAAACACGAUUAAUUGCAGUCCGCGACAUCUCUCCUGAGCUUGGCGAAUCGCAAGUAUCCAAUACACCUGAUGAGUUCGACGAAUCCAUAUCGGACGUAUUGCUCCUUACCAGCAACGAGAGCUCACUUCAUUCUUCUCAACUUUCAUUCGUCCCAGAUGAGAUUCCGAAGGAAACCUACUUUUCCCGAGCGUCCCAGGCACUGGAAGAACACAGGACACCUCCCAUGUCUAGAAGCAAGUCAACUCCUGGUCGCUUCCAUCCCGAUCACUUCAAGAGAAUUGCCAUUCCCACUUAUGCCCAGCCAAUCACCGAGACUACGGCGAGCGAGGCAUCUGCACUGAGCAUGUCGCCCAAUUUUUCACAACAGUCAUACCGACCUACGUCUAGCUCAGAAAAAAGCUUGAGUAGUCUUACGCGACAGGCCAGUUUUGCUUCGGGGACUUUGCCAGGCUCUGCUAGGAAGAGAACGAAAACUUUACCAUUCAAACCGCCAUUCAAACAGCCAAUUUUGAAAAUUUAGCUACGCCUGGUUCGCUAAGCUAAGACGAAGUUUACGGAGGGCCAAGAGAUAUUUCUUAGGCUUUAACGUGGAAUAAUUUGCUAUCUAGGAGGGAGAAUUGUGGCGAUAUGAGCAUAAAUAAGGAUCAUUCGAAAUUUGUAUGGAGAUCGAGCUGUUGGCAGUGCCAUGAGAUAGAGAUGUCAGUUUUGCAGCAAUAUCCGAGGAGCUGAUGUUUACAAUAUUUUAUUCAUAAUAUGUAUAUCCGGGCUUUAUAUAUCUUUCACUGUAGCUUUUAUCCAUCUAAACAUUCUUACCAUCAUAACUUCGCUUCUCAUUCUGUAUGUUCCAUUGAUUAAUCCGCUUCCAAUAUUGUUGUGCCUC